AUGUCUCUUACAGUACCACCACCCGUCAAAGUCACCAAUGACAUUACCUCUUCGUUGACCUUUACUACCCCUACCAUCAAUGUCGAUCUCCGCUCAACAACCCCUAAACCCCAUCAGACUCGACCUCAACCUCGACCUCAGCAACAAAAUCAUAAACUCCAAACUACUCCCGAAUACGACCCUUCAUCCACAUCUUCGACUCCGGCCGUCACCAACUCCCAACUCCAAGAAUCACCCGUUACCUUAUUGCCCAAACCUAACUCGAUCCCUCAUGGUCCUCAUCAUUCUCAUCCUCCUAAUGAGAUGGAUGAGUGGUUGAAUGCUCCUCCUUCCGGAGCCCCCAGAGACGAUGGUGGACGCGAGAGAGAAGGGCUCAUCAAUGACAAAUUGGCUUCCCUCCGGUUCGAUGAACUUGUAGCGAUGGGUCACUCGAGGAGGGGUACUAGACCACAUCAUAGAAGAGGACAAACGACGUUGGGCGCAAUAUGGGUCCCUCUGGAAGCUUACUUGAAGUACCUUUAUGUGACGUGGUCUAAUAUUUUAGCUACAACGAUGGAAAUCCGUCUCAUCUGGUGUCAAAUCUGGAACCUCCCCUUGGUCGAAACCCUCUACACGAUAUGGUCGAACAAGUACGCAAAUGGAUUAGGAUUGGCGAAUUCUGGCAAUCCGAGAUUGUUCGAGGUGUUGACGAAAAAGGAGGCGGAAAUUGGGAAAGUUGCGUUGAGUCGUACUGGUGGUGGAAGCGAAAGUGGAGGAGAUGGAGAUGGAGGAUUGACGGUGAGGGAGCUUAACCUUGACAUCGCCAAGUUACUCCUUCAAUUUUCCUGCGUCGUGUAUGAGAGGGAGUCUCAUGCUCUCUAUAACGUUUUGGAUGAAGUGGAGAAGCAUUCACGUUCAGAACGAGAACGAGAACGAGAAGAAAAACCUGUAGUUCAACACUUCGAUGGCGUGACUACUAUGACGAGAGCGAAACCUGGAGAGUUGGUCAAGUCUUUAUUCGAUAAUACACAGGAGGAGCGCAUUCGAAAGUCGUUCAUGCAGUUGCGAACGUUCGAUAAGAUCUCGAGGAAAGGGAGUCGUGUUCAUACUGGGGAUGUGGAGGGUGAGGACGAUGAGGACGAUGAAGGCGACGAGGAUGAUAGACGGUCCUCGUCGUCGUCGAUGGAGAAGAGAAUGAGAUUUGGUAAGAUUGCGAAAGGGGAGGAUGUGAUUAGAAGGUUUUGUAGGAGAAUCGGAGUGGCGUAUGAGCCUGUCAGCGAGUUGAAUACGAGUCAAAGCGCUUUCUGCUCUUUCUUUUGGGAACCAAAAGGCAACUGGAUAGCCGUCACCUUCAAAGGAACCGGACUCACCGAGUACGCAGAUUGGGUAUCGGAUCUAAGUACGACGCUCGUACCCGUCGACGAUUUCUUACCUGGAUUCAGUCAAGCGGUGAAAGGGUUCAAGGAGAGGAUCUUCCCGGAGGAUUUACGGGAGGUUGAAGAGGACGUCGUGGGUGGAAUGAGACCUUAUGAGACGAUCAGGUUUGCGUUGAGAGCUUUGGCGAAUUAUUUGGCGAGGGAUUUAGACCAAGGGGAGAAGAUCAACGUUUGGUUUACGGGUCAUUCUCUCGGAUGCGCCCUCGCUACGCUCGUUUAUGCUCGAGCGCUCAACUCCCCUUCCGAUUUCGAGGGGUCACCUAUAAUCAUCCGGGAUGCGUACCUCUUUGCGGCUCCUGUUUGCGGAGAUCGUGAGACCUCUCUUCGAUUCAACCAAAUCAUCAAACAGCCUGGCGAACAUUUAAAGACGAUGUGGCGAGUUACGAAUGACGGUGAUGCAAUUGCUACUUUACUCCCCCAAUUAGGUGACAACCCUCGGCUCAAACUCUCUUCUACAAACCCCGCAGGGUUCGCCCACCUUGGAGCCGAAAUCAAAAUGAAAGAUCGGCCCGUCGUUUCGAACGUUACGGGUUCUCUUUACUCCCGAGACGAUACGAUCGUUAGGAUUUAUAGUCAUUUUUCGAAAGAGGACAUUCAGGCGAUCAGGGAUAGGAAUCUUCGUAGACACCGUGGUGAAUGGUUGAGAGAAAAAGUCGGGGUUUGGGUAACGAAGAUUCCGUUGCUUGGGCGAUUCAUUGCUCACUCUGAGGUACUCUAUUGGGACCAACUCAAUCGCAUCGCUCUUGGGAAGUGCAAAUGGCUAGAUGAGUAUUCCUAG